GGGAGUGGCGCGCGCGCCCCCAUCCCCUCCCUGCUGCGUUUUCUCUCUCCUUCCUCCUCCCUCCCUCGCUCCCCGGCUCCGGCCGCGCGCUGGCGGGGCUCUGCAUUGCACACUCUGGGGGCGCCGCAGUGUUCGUGGGAUGGGGCAGCGGGCUGCCGCUGGCGGCCGGAAUCCGCGCGCAGCCAGGACCUGACUCUGCAGCUGGAACUCAUGUUUGUGAAACUCACAUCGACAUCAGUCAGCAUCUCAGUUUGGUGCGAGUUCUUUCCCGUCAUCCCGAGUCCCCACUGCCAGGCGCCCUGGAUGAGUGACGCCUCGGUCUGCCAUGGAACCUGGCCCUGCCCUGGCCUGGCUCCUGCUCCUGAGCCUGCUGGCUGAUUGUCUGAAAGCUGCACAGUCUCGAGACUUCACAGUGAAAGACAUUAUCUACCUCCACCCUUCAACCACACCAUAUCCUGGUGGAUUUAAGUGUUUCACCUGUGAAAAGGCAGCCGACAACUAUGAGUGCAACCGAUGGGCUCCAGACAUCUACUGUCCUCGAGAGACCAGAUACUGUUACACUCAGCACACCAUGGAAGUCACAGGAAAUAGCAUCUCUGUCACCAAACGCUGUGUUCCGCUGGAAGAAUGCUUGUCCACUGGCUGCAGAGACUCUGAGCAUGAAGGCCACAAGGUCUGUACUUCCUGUUGUGAAGGAAAUAUCUGUAACUUGCCACUCCCCCGAAAUGAAACCGAUGCCACGUUUGCCACAACGUCACCCAUCAAUCAGACAAGUGGGCACCCACAGUGCAUGUCACUGAUAGUGUCCUGCUUGUGGAUGUGGUUGGGACUCACAUUGUAGCAGCUCCAAGUCACCACAUGUAGUAGUGAUCCAUGGGGAUAGUGAUGGUCCAUAGUCAUGCAUGAGUUGUUGGCCUGACAAUAGUUACACAUGUGAAACCACAACGCUCGAGAAUAUCUUCACGGCCAAGCAUUUCCACUUACCAUGAGGAACGGUCAUUGCUUCCAUGUGUCCAUUUCAAGUCCAAGACCUCAUCAUAGCUAGCCUGCCCCUAAAACAGACCCUGAGUUUUAUACCACAACCCUUUGUUUUCACUCCAAGAAAUAGUUCUGCAUUUGUUGAGAUCUGGAGCUCUUAACUUGGAGUAGAUGUAUGAGCCACAGGAGGUCCUGGGACCCUCUGAGACGUUAGGCAGUAUGUUAUAGGGACAUGAAUAAUUGUGUGUUUCUCUGGAGAAAGGUAAAGGACCACUGGUUUAAACAUAAUCAUGAAUUCACUUAGAGUUUUAGAAUUUUAAAUCUUUGAUUGCAAAAUCAAUGGACUAUUUCCUUGGAGAUACUAACUCCCUAGAAAAGUAGUAAGAAAUUUGUUCAAUUUAAUUUUUCCAACAUUCUCCUUCCAAUGGUGGGAAUCAUAUUCCCUCUGCUCUGUGUGGGAAAUAAAAAGGCAGUCAUAAAAGUUUGGUGUAUACGGGGAGGAGUGGCUGCAGAAGAAUUUUUCCCAACGUAAUGGAACUAGCAGCAAUAGAGUGGCUGUUUAUCCCUUCAUAUAAUUGGUGAGAUCGGGCUGAAUUUGGCACCUAGUUGUGCACCUCGAGAUCAUGGAGUCUACCUGGAUCAAUGGGUGUUCAGGGUGUCCCAAGCAGGAUGGGGUUGUUUUCUCCAGUCAUGGGGUUCUAUUCAGACCUAGCUAAUUUACACAGAGAGAGGAUUUCAAAAUGAAAAGAAGGAGAAUGUGUGGAGGAAUCCUAGUUCUGGGAGGCUCUAGUAAGUGGCUCCGCCAGAUCUUCCUCCGUCUGUAAUUUAUGCUGACCGAGAGCCCUCCCCGUGCUUCCUCUUUCAAAUCCCUAGUGACUUUAGGGAGAAGAUGCUGCAUUCAGUUGUCUGGAGAUUAGGGAACGAACACUUAGUAUCCUAGGGUGAGAAGUAGGUGGACCAGUGGGGUGAUGGUGUGACUAGAAAGGAGACCCAGUGAGAAGUUCUUUCUUUUAGAUGUUUACUUUUGAAGUAGAGGGUAAAAGUUUCACUAUCUGUCCUACAUUUUUGGCACCCCAAGUUACAGUUCUUUCUUCUUCCUUGUAAGUCAUUUAUACAAUAUUUAUUUUUGUAUGGCAUAACUAGAAACUAAAAUAUAUUAUAAAGAUUCUUUAUUCUGAAAAAAAUGAUCAAAUUAGGAUACUUAUUUUUCAACAGUGGUAGAGCUUGUAAUAUAUGGAUGUAUAAUACUGGCACCAGUGUUGAAAAAAGUUACUUAUGUUCCUUAUGUUGUGAGCAAGAGUAAUGUAUUGGCCUCGAGCUUUUUGCUCAUGGUUUCCUCCGUGGUGUGUUUCCAGAAGUAUUUGGGUGACAAUCACUGGUACGAGUUUCUCUGCAGGGUUAUGGGCGUUUUUGCAUCGCAUUUGGUGGAGCUGCUGCUGAUACAGAGGACUGUAUUGUCAGGGUCCGUGUGCCCUGACAGGAAAAUGUCUCUGGCUCAGAAAAUGAGACCUCCUCAGGGACCAAAUCUGAAAUGACAGUGGUAACUCUGAUACACAGUUAUCGAAAUUGCAUAAAAUGGCCUUAAAUCAGAGUUUGGCAGGCUUAUCCAUACGUUGCUUAUAACUGGAGUGGGGAAGAAGAGGGAGAGAAAGUAAGACAUUUAUUAAGCGCCUCUUAUGUGCCAGGCUGUGCUAAGCACUUUACAUAAGUUAGGUCGUGUACUUCCUGCAAGAACCGUGUAAGGAAUAGUUUUAGUAUUUCCACUUUACGGAUGAAGGUACCGAGGCUCUAAGAAGCUCAAGAACAUGAAGCCUUUUCCUUCCUGUUUAAGUUAUAUGGGAUGAGGCAGGAAUGAAGUGGAGGGAAGGUGGAAUUACCCCCGGUAUGAGGCUUCAUGGGAAUUUGCCCCUCUUACCAUGUGGAGUUUGUCUAGUCCUGCCUCUGCAGAACGUCAUUUGCAUGUGUCCCCAGGUGGGUUUUCUUUGGGGGAGGGGUGAAGGUAUGUUUUCCUCAUUCAUUCCUCUUGCUAAAAGAGGAGACAGGUUGAUCCUACAUCUGAAGAUGGUAUAAGACAGUAACAAUUUGAUGAUGUACAUUUCUACACCUACAUUUUCGUGCAUGGUCACUCUCCACUGACACCAUCCAAACACUGCAUGCAAUUUGAAUAAGAGACAAAGUCCAAAUGUUGGUUCUUAAUGAGAAAAUGUGGACUCCAAAGCCUCCCUGGCUGGUGUGCAGGGACCGGGUCUACAGGUGUCAUCUGCCACCCCAGGGGGUCACUGCAAACUGCACACAGAUGUGGCUGCCUGCACCCUGUAUGCCUGUCAGAAUGGCUGGCGUUUUAUUCUCUUUAAAGAAAGUAGUUUGCUCACCAUUCCCAGCCUCAAGGAGCCACGGAAUUGCCAUUCAUUCAUGUGGAAGGCCCAGGACUGGUCAUCCGUCUGACUUUUCUACCACAGUAAACCUUCCAUUAAAUCCCACUAUUCUUGGCAGCUUAAAGUGCAAAGAGCCGCGACGUGUAUAUGAACCUAUGUGCUACUUAUUUAUUUUUAGACUCCCCACAACCUUCAUGUCAAUAUGGGAUGAAUGCCUAAAUUUUGUAAAUAUUGUACAUUUUGUAAAUCAAUGAAUAAAGGUUUUAAGUGUA